AUUGUGGACCCACAUGCACAAAUCUGACCCCAACCAACGUGAGUUUGACUCACCAUCUCCCUGUACUCUCCUGGUCAGCGCCAGUUACCUUCCCUCCGAUCCGUUGUCACCGCCUUCUUCUCCUCUCUCUCUCCUGUCACUCGUUACCUUUUUUUUUUUGUUUUCUUUGUUUUGCAUCUUCUUUAGAACCUUCAUUUUGACCCACGUAAGGAAAAAAAAAAUACAAGGUUACACUUUUAAUCUUAAAAUUUCCAAACCAAUGUUUAAUAAUACACCAUAUUACCCAAGACCCACGAAAAAACAACAACAUUCAACCCCCUUACACAGAAAAUUCUAGGAAUUUGUUGCUCAAAACCAUGGAAAAUAAUUUGCAAAAUACUAUGAUGUUUCUUUGAUGGCGUCAUAAUUGUACAACUACGGUUCUGGCUUGUGACAUUAAAACCCAAUUUACAAUUUUUGAUUUUGUACCAAAGUUUUUAUUUUUAGCAUGUCUGAUUUGGUAGCACGCACGGGUCGUCUUCAUCAAAGAUAUAAUGAUGGCUGUCGCCUUGUUGCUGGGUGUAUACCAUUUAGAUAUAGAAAUGGCGAGGACAGUAGUAAUGAUGACCCAGAGAGCAACAUUGAGGUACUUAUGAUCAACUCGCAAAGUGGUCCAGGUCUUCUCUUUCCUAAGGGAGGGUGGGAAAACGAUGAGACAGUUGAGGAGGCAGCUGCAAGAGAAGCUGUUGAAGAAGCUGGGGUAAGAGGAGACCUAAUGGACCUUCUUGGAUACUAUAAAUUUAAAAGCAAAACUCAUCAAGAUGAAUUUUGCCCAGAAGGGUUGUGUAAAGCAGCUAUGUUUGCUUUGCUAGUCAAGGAAGAACUCGAGUCAUGGCCUGAGCAAAGUACGCGGAAUAGGAUUUGGCUUAGUGUUCCUGAAGCAGCCCAAAGUUGCCGCCAUGCAUGGAUGAGAGUUGCUCUUGUUGAUGGCUUUCUCAAAUGGCAUGGAGACAAGUUUGUAGAAAGAGAUGAAAAGAGAGAUGGUUCAGACUAGCGAACAAGUCUUCGGAAUAGGUGGGGAAUAAUUCCUAGUGUAUGAAUACAAGGCAACAUCAUUUGUUUCAUGCUGUUGGUAAUUUGUCGCCGUUGAUUGAUGGCCAUUACCAAUGCUCAAAAAUUGCAUAGCAAUGAUUGUAGUUUGAGUUCAAUUUCUUUAUAUCUGAAUCUCCCAUCUUUCAGCCAAGGAUGAUACUGUAUGUUUAUGGUUAAAUUUUGAUAAGCCAAAGUAAAAGCGAAGCUUAUAUAGA